CUUCCUGUCGUGUGUUGCGGGGAGGGGCAGGCCCGGCAGGGCCCGGCAGUAGCAGUCGGCGGCCCGCGUGGAGAGGCGGUGUGCGCAGCGUUGUGAUAGUGAGUCGUGUACGUAAGGGUGCGGCCGUAGGCAGCGGUGCGGGCGUCCACGCCUGCAGGAUGGGUGGCUGGGCGGCGCUUUUAGUUGUGGUGUGUGCCGGCGUGACGCACGGAGCGGUGGCGUCGUCAGGGGCACACCCGACCCCAGAUCACCACAGUGACGCCUCCUUCCCCCGGUUUCCUCGGCCUGCCCCUGGGAAUCCCCAGCCAGGACUCAGGCCUGCACGCGGGCCCCCGGAGACUGCCAGCCCCUGCAGGUUGCAGAGUGUGAGGCCGCGCUGCCCUACACUUCCGUCGGCCUGCCUAACCUGCUGGGGCACCGCUCCCAGACUGUGGCGGCCACGCUGCUCACCAUCCUCAGGCCUGCCUUCGCCUCCCGCUGCUCGCCAGACCUGCGUCGCCUGCUGUGCACCGUCCUGCUGCCUCCCUGCCGCUCCGCCUUCCACCAGAGGUUGCCCUGCCGCGGCCUGUGUGAGAGCGUGCGGUCAGGCUGCGAGAGCCUCAUGGUAGCCCACGGCGUCCUGUGGCCCUCCUCGCUCAACUGUAACCUCCUUCCCACCGCCGAGGAGGGCUGCGUUGGCCCGCCGCCCGCGUCCCCUCCUCCAGACACCACGCCAGAGGCCAUCGCCCUAGGAUACAGCUCGACCCCCACCCCCUCGCCUAACCAGGGACUGACGUCGCCGCGCGCCACCAAGCCGCCCAGCACCACCACGCCUCCUCGCACCAACACGCCUCCUCGCACCACUACGCCGCCACCGCCGCUCCGCGGAAGGUGUGAGCCGAUCACGGUCACGCUGUGCAAGGACAUCCAGUACAACACCACCAUCAUGCCCAACCUGCUCAACCACCACACGCAGGAGGAGGCGGGCAUGGAGGUGCACCAGUUCUUCCCGCUGGUCAGGGUGCAGUGCUCGCCGGACCUUCAACUCUUCCUGUGCAGUGUGUACGUGCCCGUGUGCACCAUCCUGGACCGCCCGCUGCCGCCCUGCCGCCACCUCUGCCUCUCCGCAAAGGACGGCUGCGAGGACCUCAUGAACAAGUUCGGCUUCCAGUGGCCGGAGUCUCUGGACUGCAACAAGUUCCCUGCGGGCCCCAACGAGCCAUGCGUGGGUAGCACGCUUUCUUGACCUGACCUUCCUCACCCAUGCGAUGACCUCCGGAGUCUAGCUGCUUUUUCAAUCGCCGGCAGGGGUUGAAGCACCCCUCCCGCCUCACCUCCCCAUUCCCGAGCAGCGGCACACGUUAUUCAGGCUGUUGCUUUCACUGCACGCCAGUCGUCUGAUCUGAUCUGCGGCAACCCCUGACCUUACCACGUGACCUGACCACUGGCACCCCCCCUCUCCACCGCCAGCUGCCCCGCCACGCCACACGGCUGGUGUCUGUCAAGUCACCAAGUAUAACCACAAGUAUUACUUUAUCACAUUAAGUACGUCUAUUAUUAACUAACUCCUAUGACUGUAAACACAAUAAAGGUUAUAAUCAUUAAGAGUAAAUAUGUAUAUGCCUCAAAUACCACCUCUUAUUAUUAUUCAUUAACUACUAAUUCAUUGAUUUGUAUACUUAUUCAAUGAACUGCGAUAAAACAAGGGACAGUCAAUUGAGCCCGGAUGCGAACCCUGACCAAUAAAACCACUUACUACCA